UCACACAAACUGGUUCCGGGUAGUAGCAGCCUAGUAGCUAACUAUAGCUGAAACCCAAUCACAACUCGACAUUCCAUUCCCGAGUGGAUUGGUAGAAAUUCGUGGAAAGAAUGGAUGGUGAAGAAAGAACCUAUGGUGGCUGUGAAGGGCCAGAUGCUAUGUAUGUGAAGUUAAUCUCCUCAGAUGGCCAUGAAUUCAUAGUGAAAAGAGAACAUGCAUUGACGUCUGGAACCAUAAAAGCCAUGUUGAGUGGGCCAGGUCAGUUUGCUGAGAAUGAAACCAAUGAAGUGAACUUCAGGGAGAUUCCAUCUCACGUCUUGUCCAAGGUCUGCAUGUAUUUCACCUACAAGGUCCGUUACACCAACAGCUCCACAGAAAUACCUGAAUUCCCCAUUGCUCCUGAGAUCGCACUGGAACUGCUCAUGGCUGCAAACUUCUUGGAUUGCUAAAGUUACGAAACAUAAUGUAGAAGCUAAAAACAUUUUUGGAUUUUUUUUUUUUAAUAUUUAACUUGUUUUGCCUUGUACAUCGUAUGAAACAUGAAUGAUCAUAUAAAAAUGAAAAGUUUCUUUUGCACCUGGCUUUCCAUCUGAAUUUUAUUAGUAUUAAAGAAUUCUGUUUUAAUAAAAUAAAAGGAUUUGGCAGACUGCAUCCCUCUCCCCAGAAUGUGAUAAAUGUGUCCCCUGCCCCAGAAAUCAUUCUUCACCUCCAUUUAAUAAAAUACCUGUUUGGUGAA